AUGGAAAACAGCGCGCGGAAAGAUAACCAGGAGGUGUAUGUCGAUUCAGAGCGGGGGGUACCUGCCCAGUUUGGCCACGAAGGAACGCCUGCGACCCUCAAAACCGAAGCCUCCAACUCGGAAUUUGCGUUUAACCCAUGCGAGUGCCCAAAAGACACCUACACUCCCUCCUCGCUCGCCUACUCUGGCAGUUUCUAUGUUGAGGCAUCUCAGGGAGCGCCGUGCAGCACCGAAACACUUCUCAAUAUGAUUACUGAGAUUGUGGGUAUAUCCACAUUGCCACUUUCAGAAGUGCAACACAGCGGCAACAGUCGGGGAACUUAUCCAUCGCCUGCGCCGAUGGACAGCAGCAACGGCAAUUUUGGAGACCCCGGCGUUAAAAGACACUCCUACACCUGCUCCGGACCGACUCCCCCCCUAUACUCCCCGGACCAGACGUGCCAGAGGUAUGCUGAUGAUCAGUCCGCCAGUCAGGCUCUAGACCCGUCCACUUCGCAAUUGAGCUUCGGCUCCUCCCGAGCUCCAAACCAGAAGAAGGAUGAACCAAAGUCAGAGGCCGCUUCUUUCCCUGUCGUAGUCAAGAAUGAGUUUGAAAGCAGCUGCUACGAGUGGGGAACAUUCAGUAAGUCUGGUUGUUUGGAGACGAGUUUCCAGACAGAAACCUUUCCAAUGUCAAGUGAUUUCCCCCCUGACCAGCAGAUGGAUGUUAAGGAACUUUUAGACACAUUUCCCCCAAUCUGUCCCAACCCCGAGAUGGAGUUUAAAGUGGAGGGAGGUAUCAAACAAGAACCAUGUUUCUCUGAUACCUGUUCUCAGAGCUACUCAAGCCCCUUGUACAAUAAUUACCUCCCACCACUUCCGAUGGGCCUCUCCUCUAACCUGAAACCCUUCCCCGAGCCUCCGCAGCCAUCCAAUCAGUGUGAUUCCUUAUACACAUCACCAGCUUUACCGAGCACCAUAGACUCCAUCCUAUAUUCUUCCUUGUUGCCAGAUUCUUUCGCCCAAAGUUACACCCCCCGUGCGACGAAGACCACCAGGGCCAGAAAGAGCCCCGCCGCCUCUCACGGCCCAGCCAAAGAGAAACCCUUCACCUGCCCCAUGGAGAGCUGCGACCGGCGUUUCUCUCGUUCGGAUGAGCUCAACCGGCACAUCCGCAUCCACACGGGCCACAAACCUUUUCAGUGCCGCAUCUGUUUGCGCAGUUUCAGCCGUAGCGAUCACCUUACAACCCACACCAGGACUCACACCGGGGAGAAGCCGUUUUCAUGCGACGUCUGCGGCAAACGGUUCGCCCGCAGCGACGAGAGGAAGCGGCACGGACGGGUACACCUGAAACAGAAGGAGAAAAUGGAAAUAAAGCCACAAGUGACCACCGCUGCAUGGACUUUCACUCUUCCCGAGGGCAUUUGA